CUCUGACCUCCGGGGCCCCUCUGAGGCAAGGCCCCGGCAUCUCCCGCUAGCACUGCCAACAUCCAGCCUGCUGGUACUUGGCCGUGGAAGGAGUCAAUGAGCAGGUUUCCGCCUCUGGGAACUCAGGGUCCCUCCAUUGGGUUGUCUGCAUUUAUGACUCAAGGAGGGAUUUAUGACACGUUGGCAGGCCAAGGAGAAAUGGCUGGAUUCUCUGGUCUCUCUGGCCACCUGUCACAGCCCCCAGCCUCACUCUUCCUGUCAGUGGUGUGAUGUUUCAGGUGCUUCUCCUGAAGCCCCUUGGGAGGCUGCUGCUUGCUUCAGGCCCCCCACCCACUGCCUGCCUGCUUCAGCCACCCAUAGGAAGCCCUCUGCUCCGUUGACCAAGGAGGCAGCAGAUGUCAUAGAACUGCUGUUCAGGCCACAAGCUCCCCCUAAGCAUGCUCUGUGCCCAGCUCUGAGCUGCGAGGACCUAGAUGGGCCAGGGAGAUGGCUGCCAGGGAAGCUCUCAGCGAGGAGAAAGAAAGACGCACACGCAGAUACGUGGACGGCAGUCACAAGACCGCUGGCAGAUGAAGCAGCAUCUGGCGAGAGAGGUGGCACUGAACGACGUGAGGCUGUUCUGGAGUAAAGAUACACACAGCCCCGCUACCGACCUGCUAAGCUAGCCAACAGAAAGAGCCCCCAGCAGGAAGCAAAGCUUUAAAUGAACACGUGACCUCUCCGGGCCCCACUGGGACCUGCCACCCACACUCACGUGGUUGGAGCCGUUCAGGGCUGUGGAUCCCAUGUGGACUGGAUGCCCGGUGUGAUGUAUACUGCGAGGGCCUUUGUGCUCUGUGCUUGGAGUGGUCAGGGAAGGCCUUCAGGAGGAAGAGACAGCCCACUGCCCCGAGCAUCACAGCGCCUGCAGCUGCCUCUGGACGGAGGGACGGGAAGUGGCCAGAAGGGGAAGUGUGGGGAGUUCCCGUCCAGCCUGUCAUCAGUCUCCCCAGGUCUUGCAGCAGCAGCCCUGCCCGUGGCUGUGGCCAUGGAGCCCCUGGAGACCCCCAUCAAGGACGGCAUCCUCUACCAGCAGCACGUCAAGUUCGGCAAGAAGUGCUGGCGGAAGGUGUGGGCUCUGCUGUAUGCAGGAGGUCCAUCGGGUGUGGCACGGCUGGAGAGCUGGGAGGUCCGGGAUGGUGGCCUGGGAGCAGCGGGUGACAAGUCGGCGGGGCCUGGCCGGCGAGGGGAGCGACGGGUCAUCCGCCUGGCUGACUGUGUGUCCGUGCUGCCGGCCGACGGCGAGAGCUGCCCGCGGGACACCGGUGCCUUCCUGCUCACCACCACCGAGCGAAGCCACCUACUAGCUGCGCAGCACCGCCAGGCCUGGAUGGGCCCCAUCUGCCAGCUGGCCUUCCCGAGCACAGGGGAGGCCUCCUCGGGAUCCACAGAUGCCUUGUCUCCCAAGAGGGGCCUGGUCCCCAUGGAGGAAAACUCCAUUUACUCUUCCUGGCAGGAAGUGGGCGAGUUUCCCGUGGUGGUGCAGAGGACUGAGGCUGCUGCCCGCUGCCAGCUGAAGGGGCCAGCCCUGCUGGUGCUGGGCCCAGAUGCCAUCCAGCUGAGGGAGGCCAAGGGCGCCCAGGCCCUCUAUAGCUGGCCCUACCACUUCCUGCGCAAGUUCGGCUGUGACAAGGGCGUGUUCUCCUUUGAGGCCGGCCGUCGCUGCGACUCGGGCGAGGGUCUCUUCGCCUUCAGCAGCCCCUGUGCCCCUGACCUGUGCGGGGCCGUGGCCGGGGCCAUCGCCCGCCAGCGGGAGCGGCUGCCAGAGCUGGCCAAGUCCCGGCCCUGCCCCCUGCCACGGGCCACCUCUCUGCCCUCCCUGGAUGCCCCUGGAGAGCUGCAGGAGAUGCCACCAGGGCCCGAGCCACCCACCUCCAGGAGGGUGCGCCUGGCCGAGCCUGGGCCGCAGAGCCUGCCGCUACUGCUAGGCCCGGAGCCCAACGAUCCAGUGUCCGGGCUGUACGCCUCGGUGUGCAAGCGUGCCAGUGGGACCCCAGGCACCGAGCACCUCUACGAGAACCUGUGUGUGCUGGAGGCCAGCCCCACGCUGCAUGGCGGGGGACCUGAGCCCCACGAGGGCCCAGGCGGCCGCAGCCCCGCAGCCAGCCCCAUCUACCACAACGGCGAGGACUUGAGCUGGCCUGGCCCCUCCUACGACAGCACCCUGGAGGCCCAGUACCGGCGGCUGCUGGAGCUGGAGCUGGAUGAGGCGGGGAGCACAGGCAGCCCCGGUUCUCAGGCAGGCUUCAAGGCCAAGCUGGUAACACUGCUGAGUCGCGAGCGGAGGAAGGGCCCUGCCCCCUGUGACCGGCCCUGAACGCCCAGCAGAGUGGUGGCCAGAGGGGAGAGGUGCUCCCCCUGAGACAGGAGGAUGGGCUAUGGGCAAAUGGGGGGCCCCUGCAGACACACACCUGUGUCCACCCUGGCCUGCACGGACAAGGCAGACCACAUGUGGAAGACUUCCGCCCUGCCCUGUGCAUGUACAGCGUGCAGACUUGCAGAUACUAAAGCUCAGAGCAGCUCCCGGUGGGGGCACUCACAGCA